AUCGGAAUCUCGUGCGGUAUUUAAUUUAAUCCAACGUGUGGCAAUAAACAACUGUUGUUCGAAACGCGAGAACCAGGGUGGAUAACGUGCGAUUUUUUUUUGACGUAAGUCGGGACGAUGCGAUAAUUUUGCGAAAUAAUCCGUGACGUCGAAACGCGAGUGUUCGACGGAUUGUGCGAACGUGUACUGCGCACACGAGCUAGUGUGAAUUAAAUAGCCCGACUUGAGGUUUUUUUCACGGCAAAGCUGGCCAUUAGUACAUCGGCGAUGUUGCACGUAUGCCCGCGUCCCUUCGGUGAAUCUCAGCGAUUGUUCGGGACAGCGAUUCGAUUGAUUAACGAAUUUGUCGCAAAUCGACGGGGAUCGGUUUUCUUCCGCGCGACGAACUCUGGUUUAAUGUGGCGCAAUUUGAGUUAAAACGCUUCUGCGAAGGAAGUUUAAAAUUCCUUGUCGACUCGCGCACACAGCAACGUGGUCUUGUCUGUAUGAUUAUUAAAUUGAGCACUGCCUCAAAAUGGUCUUAAGUCGCAACGACAAGAGGAAGAAGAGAGAAGGAGAUCUGGUCGACCUUAUGGACCCGCUUGCAGAAUCUCCGAAAAGGACCAAAGUUCACGCACAAAGAAAGUUUGCACAAGGUGCAACUACAGUGUUCAAUACAUCACCUACACCGGUCAAGGACAAAGAAAAAGCCAAACCUGCCAAGAUUACCGAAUUAAUAACCCAUAAACGUCCAAAUACGGAAGAUUUUCUAACAUUUUUAUGCUUUAGAGGAACACCCAUUUUACCACCUAGCCUAAAUUUCUUUAAUCUCAGCGUCAAAAAAGAAAAAGAGAAAUCAGAACCUAAACCAUUGCCCACUCCUGCGGACAAGGUGUCAUCUUCCACUAGUGUUUCGGCAGAGCCACAACAACAACAAAAACAAGACACGAGUCAAAAGAGCGUGACAAAAGUAAAGCCUGUUGUGUCAGACAAGAAGAAGAUACCCGAUACAAUACACAAAACCAUUACCAAACUCAAGACAGCAACGUCAACAGUUCAGGCGCUCAAAAAGAAAUAUCAGGAGCAACGUUUGGCCAAGCAGAGAAUAAAAAAUAAAUUCAUAACUACUUGCGUUAUGAGAACCAGAUCUUCAGAGAGGAGUAUGUUGAAGGCCAGUAUUCAAUUGGCGCCGAGAAAAUUCCUGCCUAGAAUUAAGACCAAACGGCACGGGCUGAGAAGCGGCGUGCUGCCUGGCAAGACUAACAAAUCAUUGCCGAAGACAAAAGUUGCGCCGCCACCCAAACCAAAGAAGAAAGUCACGUUAAGGCCGAAAGGUAGCGAUACAUCGAACACGGAUAUGUCGUCGGAAGAGGAAGAGAACGGGAAGGAGGACAACGAGGAAGAGGAGUUACCUACGGAGAAGUCGACGUCCCAGAUAAAGCGCAACGUACAGAGAACUACUCGAAAGAAAAUCUGUACCAGAAGCAAGUCGGAGAUGCGUAGAGUCACGAGAUCGUGCAGCAGCACUCCGCGCGGCGUCUCCACGCAGAAUCUCUCCAGAAGACCCACCAGAAAGACGAAAGAAGCGGCCGCUGUGUACAUGGAGCUCCUCGGACGAAAACUGGUUAGUCCGGAUUUAGAAAACGACGACAACGAUUCGGUCGAGAGUUUUCCCGAAUUGCCGAGUGCCCGUAGAAUAACGCAAACGGAGAACGAGCUCAAAGCCAAGGUGAAACAAAUGCCGACUGUUAGCACACGAGCGACUGUUAGCAAAAGUAAGGAUUCCAAGAUCAGCUCCUUUGCCGGUAACAAGCGAUUGGAUAAAAGCAAGAACACAUUGAUUUUGAGAAGCAAACGUCUGAUAAGAAUGCGGAGAUAUCGCGAAGACGAAAGCGACGAGGAAUCCGAGACCUCGGUAGAAACGAAUCAGACGAGACCCAUCACCAGACAGAGUCUCGGCAAACUCGAUAAACCGAUCAGCAGGAGUCUCAGAUCGUCCACUAAGAACACACCGGUACUGAUGGAAGUGCAAACUAACAACAAACCGAAGACUCAGGUUCAGACUUGCGUGAAAACCGCUCGGGAAAAAUUUAUGUUGAAACGCAAAUACAAUCAAAAUGUAUCAAAAGCGUCGUCAGAUAAGACCGUCGUCGAAUCGAAACAGAAAAUUGUCAAAGGCAAUCGAAACGAUCACACGGAAUCCGAGGAGGAAACGCUAGGAAUGUUGCUAAAGAAAAUCAAAAAAAAGAAAGAAGAUGACGAAGACGAAGGAGAACAUGUUUCUGACAAUGUUGACAAGGCGAAAGAUAGCGAGACGGCGCACAAAGAAGCGCAAAUCACGAAAGAGUCGGACUUGGCGAAGGAAUCGGACGACGAGGAAGAAUCUUUUCGCGGAUUCACAAAGAAGGCGAUAUCGAAGGGUUUGAACUCGUGUCAGACGCACGCUAACGUCAACCUGUUAACUCCGGAAACCGACGACAAGAGUCUCAAGACGUUGCCGGACGUGCCGGAAACGACGGAAACGACGAAUUCGCAAGAGAUAAAAGAGGAAGCGUCACCGGUCAAGGAAACCGAGUCCUCUCCGAUCGUUAAUUUGAACACCGAAUACAACAUGUCUAUACUGGAUGAGAAAUCGAUACCGGACAUGUCCAUUGACACGAAACACUCAUCGCUUCCGCCCACGGAACAAACGAGCAAGAACGUGUGCAAGCACGAGGACGAAAUUUCUUCAAAUCUUAUAAACAUGCCGCUGUCGACGCUGCGUACGAGAAAGGAACGAGUAAACAUGUCGACCGAACAGAUCGAAAAAUGGCUGAACGAGAGUUCCCUCGCCAAAGAGGAGAGUAAGUUGGAGAUGGAGAACGUUUCCACGUUCAGAUACGAUCCCACGGAAAGAUUGAAGGACGUCUCGCACUUGUCCAUCUCGACGAAGAUCCAGCAUUUGGUGCGUCCCGUAAACGUAACGCUCUUAAAAUUACCCUCAGAUAAAAGCGUGAGGGACCGUUUGGGAACAAUGCACAACAGAAAUUUGAUAACCGCGCCAUCCGACGCGCAUAAUAUCGACGUGAAACUCGAAAACACGAUUACUUUGGAUAAAACCAAGAUCGUUACCGAACCGAAAGAAAUAAUCAAGAACAAGUACGAGAAGAUAAAUAAAGAUGUUUCUAUCACCGAGGACACCAACGACACCAUGUCGAAGUCGGAUCAGAACUCGAUGGACGGAUCCGUGGAGAAGAAGUCGCCGGAGAAAAAGAUAUUUCAACCGCGAAAGCCGUUUCUGUCUAAGGUUAAGGAACGUAAGAUUGUGACUCCGAACGUGAAUGCGUUUUCUCCGGAGAACGAGAGCAGCGUUUACGCGUUUGAGAGCGAUACCGAAGUGCCUAUUAGUACACCGUUUAGGAGAAAGAGUAAAGAUACUGCCAAGGAUAUCGCUAGAUCGACCAGCACUCCUACCGCAAUAACUACUUUUACUGCGACUUCCACAGCAUCCGAGGCUAAACUAAUUGCUGAUACCAACAAGACGGAUAUUAAGGACAAUUCCGAGACAAUGGACAGCAAGGACAAACUUUCCGGUGAUGUUGUUAUGCGCGCACCGACGUGCGAGAAGAGACAACAAGAGACGCAAGCGCUAGUGAAUACGGCGGCACCGACUCAGUUGGAGCUCGAAACAAAAGCAACUCCGACUUCGAACAAGUUCGAGUUGCCGAAACAUUUCGCGAAUUUAACUACCGUACAGGUGUUACCGCUCGAUAAGCUCACGACCAGUUGGAGCAACGUAAACUGCAGCGCUUCCAUAGCGGUGCAGGUGAAUCUCGACGAGACGACGCAGGAACCGGAGAUCAACGACGCGGCGAAUCCACAGAAGAGCACCGAAAUAUCGACUCAAACCGAAACGAAUAACGAGAACGAUGACGACAACGACGGGCAAUUGUUUUACAUUCCGUUACAGCCUAUUCGGAGCGGACCGAAUUUGGUUCAGGGGCAACAGCUGAUUCAAGGCGUGGCCGUUAAACUUACGGAAGGACCGACCGGACCUAAUCAGAGGGUGCUUCUUCACGCUAAAUUGGUCACUAAGCCACCCUUGUCCGUGGCGCGUUGUCCUCCGAUAGGAACCGUGCAACCGACAACGCGACCUCCGCCCAAUCCUAUCGCGAUCACGAUGGAACAACAAGUGCCGUCGACCUCGACGACCACGACCGUAUCCACCUCGGUAGCGAAUAUGCCGAGCGCGGAAACAACGCCACAACCAAUAUCACCGGUGAAGAAUGACGUUGCCCUGAAUCGUCCGAACGUUAGUACGAGCACGAGCAAUGUUCUGGAAAAACUCACGAAAUCUCCAAAGUCAGCCAGAGAAAGAAAAACCUCCAUAGAUUCGGCAAAAAGUGGAAAGAGAACGCAAGUGAAGCAAAGCAAACAGAAAGGGUUACACUCCUCCAGCAACACUACAUUCCCAAGUAUGAAAACCUUAGACGACGAAGCUCGCGUGGUCGAAGCGCCGACGUUUCAUCCGACUGAAAAAGAUUUUCAGGAUCCUUUGGAAUACAUAGACAAGAUAAAGUCGGUCGCUGAAAAAUUCGGCAUUUGCAAAGUCGUGCCUCCGUCGAAUUUCAAACCAGAAUGCAAGGUGUCUGAUGAUAUGAGAUUCACUGCUUACAAUCAAUACGUGCACCGCAUGCUUCACAGAUGGGGUCCUAACGUGAAGGAAAUGAUGGCUAUCAAAAAAUAUUUAGCUACUCAAAGUAUCACUUUGACUCAACCGCCAUGGAUUGGCGGGAUGGAAGUUGAUUUACCUCACUUGUACCAAACAGUUCAAAGCUUAGGCGGAUUGAAAGAAGUUAUAGAAAAAAAGAAAUGGCAGAAAGUGGCAGAUGGUAUGAAGAUACCAAAAUCUGCGCAGGAUCGCGUUACUAAACUAGACGAUAUUUAUUGUAAAUAUUUGCUGCCGUACGAUACACUAUCUCCAGAGGAACGCGGAAAAUUGUUCGACGAAGUCGAAACCGAAUGGUUGAAGAAGAAAAAUAAAGCUUUGCAGAGGCAACAGACACCAACCAACGACAAUGACGAAGACGACGAAGAUGACAGUUCCGACGAAAUCGAGGAAUGUAUCGUAAAGGGAAGGAACAUGCCUCUGAACGCUUUUUACCGAAUCGCUCGUAACACGCAACGUAUGUGGUUCGGCGAAAAUCAACGGGGAAACGAGGCCGAAGGUGCUUCCGCGGACGAAGUGGAGAGUGCAUUUUGGAAACACGUCGCCGAAAGGAAACGUCACGUUUGCGUUCACGCGGCGAGCAUCGAUUCGAGCGGCCGUGGAUUCGGCUUUUCCGUUGCCAAAAACAGUCCGUUCGCCAGGCAUUCGUGGAAUCUCAAAGUGCUCACCAACAACGCUGGAUCAGUACUGAGAGCCUUGGGUCCUUUAAUGGGUGUGACCAUACCAACGCUCCACGUGGGCAUGUUGUUCAGCGCUUGCUGCUGGUACCGCGAUCCUCACGGUCUACCGUGGAUAGAGUAUCUUCAUACGGGCGCGAAAAAGAUCUGGUACGGUAUACCGGACAAGCAUAACAACAGUUUCCGAGAAGCGCUCACAAAAAUGGUGCCGCAGUACUGCAAAAAUAAGACCAUAUGGUUAUCGUCCGACACUGCCAUGGUUCCCCCGGAAUUAUUAGUGAGCAACGGUGUGCCGUUGUGCCGCACCGUGCAAGAACCGGGACAGUUCAUAAUCGUGUUUCCGAAAGCGUUCACGUCGAGCAUAUGCACCGGUUACGUCGUGUCCGAGAGUGUGUACUUCGCGCAACCAUCUUGGCUAGAAACUGCCGAGCAAGUAUUUAAAGACAUACAAGACAGUUGCGAACCUUCUAUCUUCUCGUUCGAGAGAUUACUGUUUAAUAUUAUCAACGAUACAAGGUCUCACGUAGACAUAUUGAAACAGAUACUACCAAGUGUGAUAAAGAUUCGUCUGAAGGAGUUGGAUUAUCGUAAACAACUGACAAACGUAGGUCUUGCCAAGAGAGAAAGAUUACCACUGCCAAAUAGCGGGAAGGGAAAGAGAGGGAAAAAGGUGAAGGAAGACGACGGUGAUUUUGAAUGCGAAUCGUGUAGAGCUAACUUGUUUGUUUCGUUGGUGAACAAUUCGCAAGACGACAGCGUUUAUUGUCUACCGCAUGGGUUGCAGUUAAUCAAUCGUAAAAAGCAAGUUUUGAAACAUUGCACUCUCAUGUACACGUACGACGAGGACGAAUUAGAUGAAUUGAUUCACAAACUGGAAAACAGGAUCGAAGCCAAAUCUAAGAAAACUAAUCAAAUAAAACAAGCUAAGUAAUAAAAAUAAGUCUGUUAUUAUAUUUAUAAAGCGUAAAAGUGAUAUCUUUAUUUAUCAUCAUUAAAGAAUCAUUAGGAAACAUGGUUGCAUUUUCAUCUCACGUAUUUCACAAUGAGAGUGACGAAGUUUGCCUGCGUGUACGGAAGGUUAUCGCAAAAAUAAAGUUAUACAUAAAUUAUAUAAAUCUUUUUUAUACGUUAAAGAGAAAUCUCUCGAACAAUUUUACUAUUAAUAAAAUUAUUUCGUUUUAAAUUAAUUUUAUUUAUUAUUUAUUUUUAUUUAUUUUUUUCGUAUAUAAGUUGCGACUCAACUUUUCUUGAAAUAGUAAAUGUACUCACGUAUAAAACACAUUUACACAUUAUUGCGUUAUGCGUGGUGCAGCAUAUACACGUUUGAAAGCAAUUUUCGAAGAACUUUAAUUUAAAAAAAUUACGCGUGACGCUAUACAUACAUUUAUUAAAUAUUAGAACACAAAACAUUUCCAAAGAAGCAAAACGUCAUGUUAUACAUAUUAUUAAUUUAGUUUUUAAAGUUUGUCACGAUACAUGUGUGAAAGGCGCGACUUCGUUGCGCGUGAACUUGACGCGAGGCACUGCCUCUCUUGUCUUUUAUUUUGAAAAUAGUGUAGGAUAAUAAUCUUGCUUAAAAAGAGACAUAUUGUGUGUGUGUGUGUGUGUGUGUGUGUGUGUGUGUGUGUGAAAGAGAUUCUUUAUAUAGUCGUACAUAUUAUUUAUGCCAAAUAUACAAGUAUAUGUGCACACAUAUACUUGUAUGGAUGCAUAUGUGUACAUACAUAUAUGUG